CUCUCAAAUAGCUCAAACUAAGCAGAGUCUUGGGCCUUGUGUUUUCAUGGAUUCAUCCUCCCCUUGGGCCGAAGCAUGAUUAGGAGGACAAGGAGUCCAAAACAACAACUCAGAAGCGCAAGCGGGAAAAAGCGAAGGGUCGCUGGAAGGAGGAAGAAGGCAAAGACAAUCUAUCUAGGGCACACUGCACUUCUCUGCUACAACGGAAGGUUAUCAGAUUCUAGUGUAAAAUGUCAGGAAGGAAAGAAACGGUGUUGGAUUUGGCAAAAUUUGUGGACAAAGGUGUCCAAGUCAAGCUUACUGGUGGUAGACAAGUGACAGGGACUUUGAAAGGGUAUGAUCAACUGUUAAACCUUGUCCUGGAUGAAGCUGUCGAAUACCUAAGAGAUCCUGAUGAUCCUCUGAAAACUACUGAUCAGACCAGGCGCCUUGGCCUAAUAGUAUGCAGGGGAACUGCUGUAAUGCUCGUCUCACCAACUGAUGGCACCGAUGAAAUUGCUAACCCUUUCAUGCAGCCAGAUGGGGCCUAGACAUGUCUUGUUUUUGUUAAAAGCCACUAACUUUGAAUCCAUAUGCUCCUUCAGCUCGUCGUCCUCAUUCUACUUUGGCGAACUCAUUAAAGAAAUAGGAAUCUGUGAUGAGCUUUGAUUUCAUCUACUUUCUUUACACUAUGAGUGAACUGCAAUUGUAAAAGUAUCAUCAUAUCUUCUCUCUUCUUAGAGGUGUCAGACAAAUCAGAAUACUAUGAGUCAUGUGCACUCUGCAUCAUAAACUGAUUACAAUGAGAUCAUAUGUGCAAAUAUGCAAAUUUAGCUCCUUUUCAGGAGUUUUUCUUUUUCU